GUUAUAGACGUCAUUGCUCGCGUUGUGCAAAAAUGGUACUGUACGAACGUUAACAUGCAUGGCAGAUAUUUUAGGCCUCCGAGGGCACUAGGUGAUUGAGUAGUUUAGGUUUAUAAAUAUCGUAGAAAACAAAUUGAAACUUGCUGAUUUUCGUUAUGUCUUUGAGCUACAGUAGCGAUCCCUCUCCGUCUUCUGCCACUGCUUGUGAUCCUGGUGUCGUAAUUCCUAGGGUGGGGACUCUUAUUCCUAAUAGGAUAUUUGUUGGAGGAAUAUCACCAAAUACAAUAGAAGAAGAUCUACGAGACUUAUUUUCCAAAUAUGGCAGUGUGAAAUUUGCAAAGGUCAUCGUUGAUCGUGCUGGAGUUUCCAAAGGGUAUGGUUUUGUGACAUUUGAAACUGAAGAAGAAGCUAAACAAGUCCAGAAAGAGGCUGAGAACAUAGUGUUAAAGGACAGAAAAUUAAACAUAGCACCAGCAGUAAAAAAACAGCCCCUCGCGAGAGCCUAUGAUGCUCCACUCGUAUCAAAUGGACCCAUCAUCUUAUACCAUAAUGGAAUUCCAUAUGUUUACCAGAAUCCUGGCCCCUUUUCACUCGCAUCUGACAACCCUUAUCACUUUCAACAGUCUCAGGUUACCUACCCCAUGCUCUACUCACAACCAGCUUAUCUACCUCAACAAUAUCAGUACCAUAUGACGUCCGGGGUUCCAGCACACUUUAUGUACCCAUCGGCUAGUGCAAAUCCACCAGAUGGUGCUUCUGCACCCAAUACUGAGAUGUACCAAUAUGUUACUGUUCCUGUUUCCAGUGCUGUACCAAUAACGCCAGCUUACGUGACAAAUCAGACAGCCAUGCCUGCUCCCAUACAUAUUUUGGAACACACAGAAGACACAUUGUUGGGAACAGCAGGAGAGGAGAGCCGAGUACCCAACUCCUCUAGACCAACCACUGUUGUUUGCGGAAGUCACUCCAACGUUAUUUCAUGUGCAAGAGUUCCAUGUUGUGUCAGCAACAACACAAUGAUUCAUGGUGCCGGAGAUGCAAGGGGAUUCAUGCUUACCGAGAACCGUUACCAUCAGCCUCAGCUCCUCCCUAAGAAAGUCAAUGGCGUCACCGUUAUGGCUUAUUCAACACCAGUUGUCCAUACAAAUUCUACCUCAUUUUCCAAGAUCUCCACUGGAGCUGUUGGUAACAGUUUAAGUAAUGGUAAUGUUGCCAGCAGUGUUACCACCGAAGUUCUUACUCCUCCUGCUACUCCUGUCACUCCAGCAAAUCGGAAUGUAAGCAAAAUUAGUGCCAUCGUGCAGGAAAUGACCAACCAGCUGCAGACCUUUAAGUUAUAAAAUAGACUCAAGCUUUGUAAAACUAAAAUUCUAUUUUUAAAUUAAGAACUGUUGUAUAUUCCAAAUGUAUUUUCUAGUCUUAACGAAAGCUGCCAAAAAAAGUUUUUUUUGUUUUUUUUUAACUAGUUGAUCAAUUUCUUUUAAACUAUGCAUAAAAAAGGAAUCUUUACAGGCAUUUAAUAUAAUUAGUAUGGACCGUGGUCGUUUUCUCAAUAAUAUAAACGAGUGUAUAUAUUUAUAUAAGUUGAUAUAAUUCUCAUGCCAAUUAAUGAACCUUUUUUUUUAUAUAUAUAAAACAAAUUGCUUUAGAUUUAAAAACAAAAAAUAAUUCUGUAAUUUUACAAAGUUAAUGUCAAGGUAGUUUUUGCAUUCCAUCUUACAGGAGUUAAACUGUUCAAAAGAUUUGUUACGUUUGUUUAGCUUCAAAGAAUUGAUGGUAUAUAUA